AUGGGCCAGAACAAACGCAAGCGCCAGGCUGAGGAUCCUGAGCCCGUUGCCGACGUGGCGAAAAAUGGCUUUGGCUUUGGCGUGGGUGAGACUUUGUCACGCAUGAACGCUGCCUCGCCCGCCGAAUCCAGAGAUCGCAAUGGAACUCAUAGCCCGGACAAUGCACAUUAUCGCAACCCUAAGAAGAAGCGCGUGGAUGGCGCCAAGACGAAGUACCCUGAUUUGACAUACGUGGAGGGCAAGAUGCAGUCUUCCAUCCGGAUUGCGGACCUACAAAGCUUAAUGCUGUACUGCCUUGCCGAUGGUGUUGCACCGCAAUGGAUUUCUGUCAAACACUCUGGGCACAUGCGCAAGGUGGUUGUGUUGAUGGUACCUGGCCUAGAAAUGGGGAUGUUCGAUGGCACUAUUCCGUUAGAGCCCAUUGAGGCUAGCCAAGAAGGAAAAAAUGAAAAGCCAGAAGGAGCAGACGAAUCGGCCGAAGACAGAAUAGCCACCGACUUCAAGAGAUGGAAAGACGGCCUCGCUCCUCCAGAUCGAUCGCAUCUUUUCAAUCCCCGUCGCCUCUCCUCUGACUCCCUCCCCGAACCAUUGCAACCACUCGCUCAGCUAUUCCCACAUGUUUGGCCUGUGAAAGCCCCAGGCGACAACAAAUACAACAAGGUGCAUUCGCCUUUACAAGCAAUGCUGCUGUCGGCGCUGCCUAAAUCAAAAGACGAUCCGAAGCACAAAGGCCCCCGCGCGGCCAAGGCCGAGAGAGGCUUCGUGGCUCAGCGAACACCGAUCACCGCUUUCAUUCACUCAUGCAUGGACUUGAGCGAUAGUGAAUAUCCUUUGCAUCCCGCAUUCUUCCCGACGGAACAAGAAAAAGCAUCUCACACCGAGACUCGUCAGCGUAAUGGUCAGACAGCAGAGAACGGUUGGGUUGAUACAGAUGUUCCAAGCCUGGAGGCCGGUGAUGUGCCAGAUGCUGAGGUUGAAAAGGGUAGCAUGACUGCCGGUAAAGAAGUACUUGCCGUUGAUUGUGAAAUGGUGAAAACAGAAGGCGAUCAUUUUGAGCUCGCUCGCAUCAGUAUUGUCAACUGGAGUGGCGAUGUUGUUCUGGAUGAAUUGGUGAAACCAUCUCGGCCUGUGAUCGAUUAUCUCACAGCAUAUUCAGGAAUGACCGAAGAGGGACUGAAGGAUGUUACGACCACGAUCGAGGAUAUCCAAAAGCGAUUGCUGGACCUCAUCACCCCUCGGACUGUCUUGAUUGGGCACUCUCUCAACUCCGACCUCACUGCACUACGCCUCACUCAUCCGUUCAUUGUGGACACUACAAUCAUCUAUCCCCACCCACGUGGGCCACCUUUGAAGUGUGGUCUCAAGUGGCUUGCUCAGAAGUACCUCAGCCGAGAGAUCCAGAAGGGCACCCAAGGUCACAGCCCAGUCGAGGACGCUCGCGCUGUGCUCGACCUUGUGAAGCUGAAAUGUGAGAAGGGCGAACGCUGGGGUACCAGUGAUGCUUCGAAUGAGAGCAUCUUCCGCCGAAUCGGCCGAUCUAUGAAACCCGGCAAGACACCCGCUGAAGGCCGGACGGGUGCAGUAGUAGACUGGGGCAAUCCCGAGCGCGGCUUUGGAUCGCAGGCGACCGUCGCCAUCGGGUGCCGAGAUGACGAGGCCGUUGUACAUGGCAUUUCAGCCGCUGUCAAUGGGGACGAGACAAAUCACGCCAUUCCCGGCGGCGGCGUUGAUUUCGUGUGGGGACGUCUCCGCAACCUCGAGCAACUCCGCGGCUGGUGUACUCGACUGCCGGAUGCGAACAACUCCAAUGAAUCUACCACUGUGGCUCCUCAAGAAGCACCCUUUGAUGGGCCAAUCACAGCACCUGAGGCCCUCAAGGACGCCGUCGCGCGUACCGUGUCCGACAUCUCUCGCAUCUACGAAUCGCUUCCUCCAUGCACCAUGUUCAUUGUGUACACCGGCACGGGUGAUCCUCGGGAAGUGACUCGUCUCCAAGCGAUGCACAAGAUAUUCCGCGAAGAGUACAACUCGCGCAAGCCAUGGGACGAGCUGACUGUGAAGUGGACGGAUAUGGAGGAGCAGGCGCUGAAGAAGGCUUGCGAGCGUGCCCGUGAGGGAUGUGGAUUCAUGUGUGUUAAAUAG